GAGCCUCUCCCCCCUCCCCAGGCCCCCCUCCAGUCUCCCUGGUGGGGAGGGGAAGCAGGGGGCGCCUCAGCCGCCCCCACCCCGUUCAGCAUGGGGCCUGGGGCCCCCCAGGGCCAGUGCUUGGGGGCGUAACCCGUGUGGGGCGGUGGCGGGGAACGGCGGUACCACGAGAAGCCCCAGAGCCCCCCUGGACCCCACGGGGGUCGGCCCGCAUGCCCCCCCUUACUGCGGAGCCACGGCGGAGGAGGGGGCGGAGGAGGGGGACGAGCCCGGCUCGGCCCUGGCGCCGGCGGGGGAGGGGGGCGGGGGCCGUUGGCGGUCCCGGGAGGAGCAGCUGGCCAUGGAGAGCCUGGCGGGCUACGUCUACAAGGCGGCCAGCGAAGGGCGGGUGCUGACCUUGGCCGCCCUGCUCCUGAACCGCUCCGAGAGCGACAUCCGCUACUUGCUGGGCUACGUCACCCACCAGGGCGGGCAGCGCUCCACCCCGCUCAUCAUCGCCGCCCGCAACGGGCACGCCAAGGUCGUGCGCCUGCUCCUGGAGCAUUACCGAGUGCAGACCCAGCAGACCGGCACGGUCCGUUUCGACGGUUACGUCAUCGAUGGCGCCACCGCACUAUGGUGCGCGGCUGGGGCUGGCCACUUUGAAGUCGUCAAGCUCCUGGUGAGCCACGGGGCCAACGUCAACCACACGACGGUGACCAACUCCACCCCGCUGCGGGCCGCCUGCUUUGAUGGCCGGCUCGACAUCGUGAAGUACCUGGUGGAGAACAACGCCAACAUCAGCAUCGCCAACAAGUAUGACAAUACUUGCCUGAUGAUUGCUGCCUACAAAGGCCACGUGGAUGUGGUGCGCUACCUCCUGGAGCAGCAUGCUGACCCCAAUGCCAAAGCACACUGCGGUGCCACCGCCUUGCAUUUCGCUGCCGAGGCCGGCCACCUGGAGAUCGUCCGCGAGCUGGUGAAGCGGAAGUCGGCCAUGAUGGUGAAUGGCCACGGAAUGACCCCUUUGAAAGUGGCUGCGGAGAGCUGCAAGGCCGACGUGGUUGAGCUGCUGCUGGCGCACGCCGACUGUGACCGCAAGAGCAGGAUCGAGGCUCUGGAACUGUUGGGUGCCUCGUUUGCCAACGACCGGGAAAAUUACGAUAUCAUGAAGACCUAUCAUUAUUUAUAUUUAGCUAUGCUGGAGCGGUACAGAGAUAGCGAGAACGUUCUAGAGAAGGAGGUCCUGCCACAGAUAGACGCCUACGGCAACCGGACUGAGAGCCGGACCCCUCAGGAACUGGAAUCCCUGCGGCAGGACCGAGACGCCCUGCACAUGGAAGGGCUCAUCGUCCGAGAGCGGAUCCUGGGUUCCGACAAUAUCGAUGUCUCCCACCCCAUCAUCUACCGAGGAGCCGUGUAUGCAGAUAACAUGCAGUUUGAACAGUGUAUCAAGCUCUGGCUUCACGCCUUGCAUUUGCGGCAGAAAGGGAAUAGGAAUACCCAUAAGGACCUGCUGCGCUUUGCACAAGUCUUCUCUCAGAUGAUUCACUUGAACGAGCCGGUGAAAGCCAAGGACAUUGAGAGCGUCUUGAGGUGUAGCGUCUUAGAGAUAGAGCAGGGGAUGGCCAGGGUCAAAAGCUCUCAGGACUCCGAGCUCCACACAGCCAUGGACAACUAUGAAUGCAAUAUCUUCACCUUCUUGUAUCUGGUGUGCAUCUCCACCAAGACCCAGUGUAGGGAUGAGGAGCAGUCGCGCAUUAACAAGCAGAUUUAUAACUUGAUCCACCUGGAUCCCAGGACGCGAGAUGGGUCUAGCUUGCUGCACCACGCCGUCAACUCCGGUACGCCCGUGGAUGACUUCCACACCAACGACGUCUGCAGCUUCCCCAACGCGCUGGUCACCAAGCUCCUCUUGGACUGCGGGGCCGACGUCAACGUUGUGGACAACGAAGGGAACAGCCCACUGCAUGUCAUCGUCCAGUACAACAGACCCAUCAGUGACUUCUUGACCUUGCACUCGAUCAUCAUCAGCCUGGUCGAGGCUGGUGCCCACACGGACAUGACGAACAAGCAGAAGAAGACCCCUCUGGACAAAAGUACCACCGGGGUGUCAGAGAUACUCCUGAAAACUCAAAUGAAACUGAGUCUGAAGUGCCUGGCCGCCCGAGCAGUGCGGGUAUAUCACAUCAACUAUCGCAACCAGAUCCCCAAAACGCUGGAAGAGUUUGUAGAAUUCCACUAAGGCCACAGCUAGGUGGUGGUGCUCCCUUCCCCUUGCCCCCCUCAUGAAGGGUCAAACUCUAGUCAAUAAAAUACCAGGCAGAAUUUUUGAAUUCCCUUUUCUCCUCCCUUCUUUCAGCGGCACAGGCACACUUGCUUUGAUUUGUACACUUUUUUCGCUUCUGGUGUCUGAAAUUUCAGUUGGUCGAACAAAUGAGUUUUUCUCUCAACAAACUGGGGGGGAAAUAUCAAACUGCAAAUUAGGAUGAGUGUAAAAUAUUUUGAUACUGUGAUGCACAUGAGUUUGACCAUUGACAGCUCAGAAUGCUUUAAGCAAUUACCUGCAAAAGAGGGUUGCGUUUAAGUGAUUGAGCCAGUCAUGUUACCUAUGCAGCAGUGUGGAAAGUCAUCUUGAGCCUGGGGAGGAAGAGAGAGAAUUCAAAAGCAUUUUGUUGCUGGGGUUUUACUAAGAUGUGCAAAGCAAUCCAGGGCAAGUCUAUUCCUCACCAGCCUAUUUUUUAUGCAUUUUAAGUUCUAUUCUGGCUGAAGAUGUCAGUAUAUUUUGAGGGUUUUUUUCCUGCUUGAAAUGAGAGUAACUCUGAAAAUUUCCUUCAAGGAAAGGAAAAUGCAGGUUGACAUUCAGGUGUGUGAACUCUCCCAACACUAUUUAAAUUCUUAGCAUUUCUCUGGUUGAUUUUGAGAGGAAACAUGGAUAGACCUGCCCCCAAUGAAUUAAUUCUCCUUUAAAAAAAUCAUUUUUAGAACUUGAGUUGCUUUUAAAAAAUAAGUAGUAGGUACAAUUUUUGUGUACAUCCUGGUUUUGGUUUUCUUCUUCUUCUUGGCUAAGCUAGGGUAUUAUGAUUAAAGCUUAAAUCUUAAACCCAUAUCUGAAAUGUUAACAACUGCAUUUUCCUGGUCUCUUCCAUCUGGCUGGCAAAGAAGGCUAUUUUCAAAGGAUGAGCUCAUAUUGGUGUGAAGCCACUCGCAGGGAAGGAUUGGGGAAGAAUAGAAAGUGGUGCUUGUAGCUCCCUGCCCUGAGAUUUGGUUUUUAGUCCUUUCAUUAUGGAACUCUUCAGGAAAAUUGAUUUUUUUUAAUCCUCAGAACAAAACCCUUAAGUUGUCCUCUGUGAAGGCCAUCUUUUUAUCAUUAAAAGUACCUUGAUUGUAUGAGGAAUGUCUGAUCUGUAAAAAGCAUCUCUCUUUGACAGAAACGUCAGCAGCCGAAUGUCACGUUUUUGACGGGUUAGUGAAUAUUACCGCCACCCCUUCUUUUAAAUGCCGCUUUCUAACUGUCAGACGGUGAAAGAAUGUUCUGCAGUCAUUUUUUAAACCAUGGAUCAGAGAGCUCUGAAAAGGGGAGUUCCAGGCACAGGUGUGUCCGUUUAUAUUACAAAUAAAACCUUGAAUGUUAAAUUAGCUCUUCCGUCCGAUUUUUCACGCUGCUCUCAUCAGGUGCCUCCUGUAAGGGGCAGACCUCUUGAGUACUGUGCAAAGAGAAAUGAUUUCAUGGCCUUGCGUUUUAUUUUUAAAUUUGCUUGAUUAAAAAUCGAGAUGUUAGAAAGGCCCUUGUAAGAUUUCUAACGGACCUUGAAUUUUAAAGUGAAAAAUGGACAAGAUAAUCAACCCAGCUUCCUUCUGCAUCACGCCUUAAAUGAACAAGAAUGGUUGUCCAGCUUUGUGGGGUUCCUGUGCAUAACAUCUUUACAAAGAAUCUGAAGUUAAAAGGCA